AUGGCUUCGACACUACAGCCCUAUCAAGUGGAGUUGAUUGACAAUGCUAUGUUAAUCGGAGCUCUCAAAUUUGGGUCGUUCACCCUGAAGUCAGGACGUGUAUCGCCCUACUUCUUCAACGCCGGUCUUUUGUCAACUGGCCCCUUGCUCACGACGCUCUGCACGGCUUACUCCUCUGUCAUUGCCUCCGCUCUCUCGCCUUCUUCCUCAUUGCCCCUUCCAGAAUUCGAUGUUCUGUUUGGCCCAGCGUAUAAGGGCAUCCCGUUAGCUGCGUGCACCGCCAUGCUCUUGCACUUGCAACAUGACAUAUCGGUCGGUCUCGCAUACGAUCGCAAAGAGGUCAAGGAUCACGGAGAAGGUGGAAACAUGGUCGGAGUGUCUGUCCGCGGCAAGCGUGUCCUCAUCCUAGACGACGUCAUGACUGCCGGAACAGCUGUGCGUGGCGCGAUCGAAACGAUUCGUCGGGAAGGUGGCGAAGUUGUCGGCGUUGUGAUGUGUUUGGAUCGGGAGGAGAUCGGGAAGGGGAACAGCAGCACGGUACAGGAGCUUGAGAGUGAGUUGGGCGGAGAAGGAAGGGUCCAAGCGAUCGUGAAAAUGCGUGAUCUGAUGAAGUGGUUAGAAAAAAAAGGGAUGGAUGAGGAUUUGAGUGGGAUGCGGCAAUACUGGGAGAAGUACGGCGUGAAAGAGUAG